AUGAAGGAAAAGCAAUCUAGCGCCCCUGUUAUUCCAUUUGAAAGAGUAAAUGAGCGCGUUGCAGCUGCUACAGGUAUAUCUUUACGAACAGUUGCAAGAAUUACAAAUGAAGGGAAAUUAGCUGAAGAAUCGUCAAGUAAAAUAGUAACACCGGGGAAAAAAAGAAAAACAAGGAAGGAUAAAAUUGUUAUGGACAAUUUUGAUAUUGGUGUUCUUAGACGAAAGAUCCAUGAGUUUUAUUCUUGUAAAAAAGAAAUACCAACAGUGAAUAAGUUGCUUCGUCUACUUAAAGAAGAGAUUGGAUUCACUGGCAGUAGAGAAAUUCUCAGACAGCACAUAAAAAAGAUUGGUUUUCGAUAUAAAAAAACUAAAAGCAAUAGAAAAGUACUGAUGAAACUUAACGAUAUAACUGCUUGGCGCGCUCUUUAUCUUCAGACUAUAAAGCGUAAUGACGAGACAGAAAAAUUACCAGUUGUUUACUUAGAUGAGACAUAUAUUAACUCCGGUCAUACAGCUGGUAAAUGUUGGCAGGAUGAUGAUGAAGCUAUUGUUUAG